AUGUUACGAACAGCCUUCGGGACGCUCGAGGCCCUUGUGGAGCGGAGCGCCUUGUCCAUUACCAGAAAUACCACAGGGAGACAGCUUUGGGCGAAACGGAUAUCGGCCAAUACAACCAACGGACUACCAUGGCAUUGGAGGGCGAGGUUGUCACAGCUUAGACAGGCUUCACCAACCAAGUCCGCCUCGAACAAGAGCCCCUCGAAAGCCAUCCCGCGCCAACAACUCAAAAACUCUUUUUUCACAUCACGGCGGAAUUUUCACUCUUCCAAAGCGAGGCGGGGGGAUUCUGAGUCGGCCAAGAAUGGGACUAAGACCACUGGGUCGCUGAGCCUGCGCGAUAGGUUGAAGAAGCUAUCGAGAGAGUACGGUUGGACGGCCAUGGGUAUCUACCUGGCUUUGUCUGUCUUGGACUUUCCCUUCUGCUUUCUGUUGGUGCGGACUGUGGGCACGGAGAGGAUAGCUCAUGUCGAAGAAGUAGUGGUGUCGAACGCAAAAAAGGUGAUUCCGGAGCGAGUUCAGAAUCGAUGGAACGAGUAUCGCAAGUCGUUGAAGGAAGCAAAGCAAGAGCUCACUGGCAAGGCUGAUGCCGAAGUGGUGGGCCAUGGCGUAGCCGAAGCGGAGGAAGCAAACAAGGGAGAGGGAGCCAGCUUGGCAACCCAGCUCGCGCUGGCUUACGCUAUUCACAAAAGCUUCAUCUUCUUCCGCAUUCCCUUGACAGCAGCUAUCACUCCCAAGAUCGUAAAGACCCUUCGGGGUUGGGGCUGGCAAAUCGGCAAGCGCCCGGUCAGGCCACACAAAAAGGCAUCUGACUAG